UGUACUUAUAGAAAAUUUAUUUGAGUUUUUAAAUCGAGCACUAUUUUUCCUUCAUAGAAUGGAACGACAAAAUGUCAAAGUAUUGAUUGAACGACCUUUGAUUUCUUUUGUAUUCUAUUUUGUUUCAUGCAUCGUGCGCAUGUGUAUUACACAGGUGCGAAAGGGAUCGUGAUAGUACUUAUUUUAUAUAAAUGCAGCAUGUCUGUGUUAUUGUGCGAUAAAAAUUGUUUGCAGACGUCGAAGCGCGGUAGUUGCAUUUAAAAUUUGUAUUUUAAAAAUUGUUAUUCAAAUAGUCCGCGAGUUGUAAACAUUGAAAUCAUUUCCUCAGAUCUCGAUUUACCUCGGCUUCAUUUACGACCGCAAAAAUCAAUAACGAUGGAGGACCUAGCCAGGGAAUAUGUUACAUAUGCAAGGCAAUUUUCAAAUAAUGGUUCUCUGAGUAAAGCAUUUGAUUUAUAUAUUAUGGCUUUCGAAAAAUGCCCAGCUAUUAAGAAUCGGCACGAGGCUGAAUUCCGCGGUGUCAUCAACAAGUUGAAUGAGGUCCUGGCUAAGGCUGACAAAGUUGAAGAGAUCUUUAACAAUUAUGGCCAAGCCAUAGGAUUCUAUCCCACAAAUAUGCAUAUUGUGAAUGAUAUUGGCAAAUACUUGUACAAGUGUGGUUUCUACUCAGAGGCUUGGUGCCACUUUAACAAAGCUUUAGGUAUAGACUCUGGAUUUGUGAAUGCAGAGAAAAACUUAAAUUCUGUCAAAAAUAUAUUGAUGCAACGAUGGCACUUCCGCAUGUUAAAUGACAAGAUCCGCAAUGAGGCUUACCAGGCUGCCAUCGGUGAUACUAUUAAUCCUUGUUUAGAUAGUGUUUUGGAUCUAAGUUCCGGCCCUUGCCUUCUGUCUCUUUUUGCCUAUCAACACAAUCCAAUUGCUAUUACAGUUGUUGAAAGUAAUGAAGUGAUGACACAGUUAAGUGAAUCUAUAACGCAGGGGAUAGGGAUAUAUGAUAUUAUUAUUUUGAAUCAAAAGUCCACUACUAUGAAGUACCUAGAUAUUGGUGGCAAGCGGUCAGUACUAAUUACUGAGAUGUUUGAUGCUGGGCUCUUUGGAGAGCAAAUCCUUCAAGCACUAUCCCAUGCCUGGGAAUACCUCAUUAACAACAUUGGCAGGGUGUUACCCCGGAAGGCAGAGUUCUUCAUAGUUGGAGGAAACUGUGACCGUCUUCAUCACAAAUAUCAGCUGUCAUGGGAAUCUAAAAACAUGUUAAACAUCUCCAAUCUGGAUGUCCAUAUUACAACUUCAAAUCAAACUUAUGAUUGUAAGGAUGUUCACUUCUUCAAGGAUUUGACAUUCUUGACUGAAAACCAGUCAGUUCUCGAAGUAGACUUCAAUGAUCCUAAUGAUUUAAAAGAGAAACUGACACGUACUGAACCAUAUGAAGUUAAUGUUAAAGCCAAAGAGUCUGGUACAAUAAAUGUUUACAUUGGUUGGUUCAAUUUGUAUUUGACAGAUAAAAUCACCAUUACAACCAAUCCUCAAUCUAGCAAAAAAGCAAUUACAUGGCAGCAAGCUGUAUUCUUUGAUACUAAAAAUGUUAAUGUAAAGGCUGAUGAUACAAUAACUUUGAAUGUAAUGUUGAAUGGAGGGAAACUAUCUAUGGCACCCAGUGAUUCCACCAACCAAUUUAUAAGAGUAUCUCCAGAUACAAUGCGUUUUAUGAAUGAUCCAGACUAUACCAAGAUGAUAAAUGGAUGCAUUGGGAUGGCGAGUGUGUAUCUAGGACAGAUUGCUGACAUUUCACAGAUCAGCAUUAUAGAUUUGUGCCCAUUCCCUUUGUUUGGUUUUCUGAUGGUCAAAAGGGGUGCUCAGUUUCUUACGUGUUACGCAAAGACGCCCGAGGAUAAGUGCUUCUUUGAGGAGGUGUUUAAAGCAAACGAGAUACCCCUUACAAAUGUGAAAAUCUUAGUGGGGGAAGAAUUAUCCAUCGACGCUUUCAGGAAUGAUAAAUAUCACGCUAUAUUCUGCCACGUAUUGGACCCCUGUGGCGAUGUUAAUAAUAGUAGCAUGGAGAUUGCUUUACACUUGAAAGACCGCCAUCUGAUGCAAGGCGGCUUGUUCUUACCUGCUGACGUAAAGAUUGUGGCACAAGUGGCGAGCAGCCAGUGGCUAGACUUGAGCAACCAAGUCUACAACGAGAAUGCGUGCGGCUACGAUGUGGCACGUCACACUAGUAGGUUCCAAGUUUCGCAGAACUUCGACAUUGAUUUGACCAACUUGGAACACACAACCCUUACUGAGCCUGUGGACGUGGGAUCUUUGAUGGACCAGUCGCGGACGCAAACAGUUAUCGUGCCAGUGACCAAGGCCGGCGAAGCUAAUGCUAUACUUUGCUGGUACAAAAUUGAGCUAAUGGAGGAACUGAAUGAAGUCUCAACUAACAAAGGUACCAGCUUCACAUAUGCCACAGCAUUCCUGAUCCCGAAAAUUACUUUGACUACGGAUAAGCCGCUCAAGAUGACUCGCGCUUCGGGCCCCAACGGCUCGUACAAAGUAUCGUUCGAAAUCGAAACAUAAAUUAUGUAUUUCAUGUUUGAGCAUUUCGUUAUGCAAUUAUGAUCUCAAUAGUAGUUUAAUGUCUCUAUGUUUAGUUUACAUAUGAUGUAUAACACAUGGGAUAAUCCAUAUAAUAUGUACUUAGAGAUACUCAUCGAGUUUAAUGUGUCACAUAUUUGAGGGCACUUCGUGCGAGCUUGUAUCUCUUAUUAUUUAUUAUAUUACUACAUACUUAUUGUUAAAAAAAUAACUUUAAAGACGAGCAGGUAGGGAUAUGAUUACACUACAGGGUGUCGACGCCUUUAAUUUAUAUUAGCCAUUUUAUUUAAAAAUAAUUAAACUUGCUUCUAUUUAUAAAUUGGAAGAAUUGACUCGUGUUGUAAAAAAAGAGAUGUAAUGACAAAAAGUCGUCUUUAUUUUUAUUUUAACCAAUUAUGAACACCUAAUGUAAGCCAAAUACAUGUGAUGAAUGUUUGUGCCACUCAUGUCUAUAUUUUGUAUACGUACUUUAUUAAUUAUUUGUAUGUAGAUUUUUUAUUCUAAACGCUCAAAUAAAAGCACCAAAUUGUAAGUGUAAGGCUUAACCAGUUCAGACUAAGGCCGUUUCUUGAUAGAUGGAUUUUUCAAAUAUAAGUAUCCACCAUUUUUAUUUAAAAAAUAAAUUGCCCACAAUCUAGAUCAAUCGGCCUAUUUCACAUUCUAUAUAUAGUCUGAAAGGGUUAAGGAGAGAGGAUGUGAAGGAAUGUUAGUUAUAAAUGUGUGUUAAAUUAUUCUCAUAUCAAAUAAAAAUCUCGGCUCUCAAAGGGUCUAUUUAAAUGUACUACGUAGAUUUCAUGUUAUAUUACGAUAAUAUGCUAUCCAUUGUCCAAGUUUUGAACUAUUUAUAUAUACUAUGUUAUAUGUGUAACAAAUAUCUACUUAUGAAAAUAAAAUAUUAAACGUAA